CGCACCCCAGUGCAGAACACACGUGUUUUGGAGUGUAUCGAAGUAGCAUCACGUUCGUAGUGUCUGACACACUUUGAGUUCGAAUCUUUUUGGAAAUAGCUACAACGUGCAAAACUUUUUUUGUAUACUCCACCAGAAGUCCUCCGUGAAGCAUUCGCCGAGAGGACCACACAUAUUCGAGGAUACAGCAUACCAGCAUUUAACUACUAUCUAACAAAACAUCUGCAAUCAUGACUGAGCCAGAAGUGAACCCUAAAGCCUACCCACUGGCAGAUGCCACCAUGUCCAAAACCAUUUUGGACCUUGUACAACAAGCAUCCAACUACAAACAACUGCGAAAAGGAGCUAACGAAGCUACGAAAACCUUGAACCGUGGAAUCUCCGAGUUCAUUGUGAUGGCAGCUGAUGCAGAGCCACUGGAGAUCAUCCUUCACUUGCCACUGCUCUGUGAGGACAAAAAUGUCCCCUACGUUUUUGUGAGGUCCAAGCAAGCUCUAGGACGAGCAUGCGGAGUCUCCAGACCAGUGAUAGCCACAUCGGUGACUAUCAAGGAGGGCUCUCAACUGAAGCCUCAGAUCCAGUCUGUCCAAAUGGCUAUUGAAAGACUUCUGGUGUAACACCACCACCCACUUUUUGUUUUUUUUGUUUUAAGCUUGGCAAAUGUUGCCAUUGUGGAGACCAUAUGCCAAUAUCAAGUUUUACAUUACUUUCAAUGAAUUAUGUCUUUGUACAUAGUUUUUUUUUUUUGUAAUUGCAUAUUCUGUGUGAUGUGUUCUUAAGCCAAAAUAAAGUUUGGUGUACUGGA